GUGGCUGCCUGCCUUGGCGGAGAACUCCAAGCCUCCUUUCAUUCACAUUUCUAUUUCUUCUUAUUCGACUCGACUAACUCAACUGUCCCAUUAAAACCCCCCAAAACCCACCAUUAACACAUUUCUCUCCACUCUCUCUCCUCUUCUUCGUUAUCAUCGUCCUCACUUUCUCUCUCUCUCCACCAUGCAAUCACUACAAGCUCCCACUCUCCGACCUUCUCCCCUCGACCCACUUCGCCACCGCACCCAAUUCCUCCGCAAUGCCACCAAGCCUUGGCCCAGACCCAGGUCCUCCUCUUCUUCCAGGGUCUCCUUCAUCUCCGCCUCCUCUGUUCCCAAGCGCGAGAAGGACCCCAAGAAGCGUGUUGUGAUUACUGGCAUGGGCCUUGUCUCUGUCUUCGGUAACGACGUCGAUACUUAUUACGAUAAGCUUCUCUCUGGUGAGAGUGGGAUCGGUCUUAUCGAUCGCUUUGAUGCCUCUAAGUUCCCUACUCGCUUCGGUGGUCAGAUCCGAGGCUUCAACUCUGAGGGAUACAUUGAUGGUAAGAACGACCGCCGUCUUGAUGAUUGCCUUCGUUACUGCAUUGUCGCCGGGAAGAAGGCUCUCGAGGAUGCUGAUCUUGGUGGAGAAAAGCUCUCCAAGAUUGACAAGGAGCGAGCUGGUGUGCUUGUUGGGACCGGGAUGGGUGGUCUUACUGUUUUCUCUGAUGGUGUCAAGGCACUAAUAGAGAAAGGUCACAGAAAAAUUACACCUUUUUUUAUUCCUUAUGCUAUUACUAACAUGGGAUCUGCAUUGUUGGCAAUCGAUCUUGGUUUCAUGGGUCCAAACUAUUCAAUCUCCACUGCUUGUGCUACCUCAAAUUAUUGCUUCUAUGCUGCUGCAAAUCACAUUCGCCGAGGCGAGGCCGAUAUGAUGAUUGCUGGUGGAACUGAGGCUGCCAUUAUACCUAUUGGGCUUGGAGGUUUUGUUGCGUGCAGGGCUCUUUCUCAGAGAAAUGAUGAUCCAAAAACUGCUUCUCGCCCAUGGGACAAGGACCGUGAUGGCUUUGUCAUGGGCGAGGGUGCUGGAGUGUUGGUAAUGGAGAGCUUAGAGCACGCAAUGAAACGAGGUGCACCAAUUGUUGCAGAGUACUUGGGAGGUGCUGUCAACUGUGAUGCUUAUCAUAUGACUGACCCAAGAGCUGAUGGACUGGGUGUGUCUUCAUGUAUAUUGAGUAGCCUUGAAGAUGCUGGUGUGUCACCUGAAGAGGUUAACUACAUCAAUGCACAUGCAACUUCAACUCUUGCUGGUGACCUGGCUGAGAUAAAUGCUAUAAAGAAGGUUUUCAAGGAUACUUCAGGGAUCAAAAUCAAUGCGACUAAGUCUAUGAUAGGUCACUGCCUUGGUGCUGCUGGAGGUUUGGAAGCCAUCGCCACUGUGAAAGCCAUUAACAGUGGAUGGUUGCAUCCCAGUAUAAACCAAUUUAACCCAGAGCCCUCGGUCGAUUUUGACACCGUUGCAAACACAAAGCAGCAGCAUGAGGUUAAUGUUGCCAUCUCAAACUCGUUCGGGUUCGGCGGGCACAACUCUGUGGUGGCUUUCUCUGCUUUCAAGCCUUGAUCAAUUCAGUUUGUUGGAAAUUUUUGUAGAUCAACCAUGCUCACUUGAGAAUAGGUUUAAUUUAUUGUUGAGGCUGCUUCAUCUUGUCAAUUCUCAAGAAGUUUAUAUGCAAUUGAUAAUUUAUUUGAAGCCAUUUGUUAUUACUUGUGUUGUAAUAGUUUCAACUGUCAAGUUAAACUCUAUGGUCCCAAGGGCGCACUAGGACUCUUUAGGUUGAACUACCGGAAUUUAUGGAGUUUUUUGUGCCUAGCAUUAUGGGUUUUUUUUUUGGUGGUGCAUGGAAAUUGUCACAAGAAGCAAAAUGAAGAAGUGAUAAAAAAUAAAUGGAAAAUUGUAUUGAGAACUUUGAGGCUUUUCCUUUCAACAAUUAGUUUAUAUGGCAAUAAUAGCCAAUUAGGACUAAUAUUAUCUGUU